GACUCCUGUGAUUAGAACGUUUCUUUUCCGUAUGAAAUUAACAUCUCCUCGAAACGCCUUAGGUCACUGGUUCCCUAGUUGGUCGCUUUUGCUAAACCCUUCUCAGCUCUCAGAGUCACAGGUUAUAGGCUCACGGGCAGCUACUCCAUCAGCGGAUCCUCUUUGAAGUUGAAGGAGGAAGGCUACUAUGUUACGCUGCAGAAACUUUUUGUCUAAAGCCACAAGGAAGAAGAAUCUAAAGGCCAAAACCAAAGCAAGAAACAAAACUAGUUCCAGAAGAAAACGAGAAUCCAUUCCCAAACACCAACAUCUCCACGAAGACCAAGAAAUGGAAGAUAGCGAAGAAGAGGCAGAAGGGUUUAGCCUCAAAGCCUCAGCUCCAUCUCACAAUUAUGAGGUCCAACCAUUGGGCAAUCUCUACCUCAAUCCUGGUUCUAUCAACUCCAGAAACACAGGUUUAGGUAAUCUCCAAACCCUAUCUGAUGAACUAAUUCUUGACAUUCUGGGGCUUCUUGAUGGGACCCACUUGGGAGUUUUGGCUGCUGUGAGUAAAUCUUUCUGUGUUUUUGCUAACCAUGAGCCGCUGUGGAGAAAUCUUGUAUUGGAUAAUCUAAAUGGUGGGUUUUUGUUUAAUGGGUCAUGGAAAUCUACUUAUGUUGGUCCUUUUUAUCCUUCAUUUGAUAUCGCUUGCAUGGGCGCAUCGAAUGUAAAAGUUAGAGACUUUUACUCCGAUUAUCUUUUCCAAAGUUGGUUAUGUGCUAAUCUUGAUAUGAAACCUGAAUGGCUUGAGAGAGAUAAUAUUGUUAGAAAGAAAGGUAUUUCUGUUGAGGAAUUUGUGUUGAAUUUUGAGGAACCAAAUAAACCAGUGCUGUUGGAAGGGUGUAUGGAUAAUUGGGCUGCAUUGCAAAAAUGGGAUAGGAAUUAUUUACUCAAGGUAUGUGGCGAUGUCAAAUUUGCAGUUGGGCCAGUAGAGAUGAGGCUUGAGGAGUAUUUUAGGUAUGCAGAUCAAGUGAGAGAAGAGAGGCCCUUGUAUCUUUUUGACCCAAAGUUUGCUGAAAAGAUUCCCAUUUUGGGUUCAGAUUUUGAAGUUCCAAUCUACUUCAGAGAGGAUUUGUUUAGUGUUUUAGGCAAUGAGAGACCUGAUUAUAGGUGGAUCAUAAUUGGGCCCGCAGGAUCUGGUUCAUCAUUCCACAUUGAUCCCAAUUCAACAUCAGCUUGGAAUGCAGUGAUAAAAGGGUCUAAGAAAUGGAUUUUGUUCCCACCUGACGUGAUACCGCCAGGGGUGCAUCCAAGCCCAGAUGGUGCAGAGGUGGCAUGUCCUGUUUCAAUAAUUGAGUGGUUCAUGAACUUUUAUGAUGCAACAAAAAAUUGGAAGAAAAGACCCAUUGAGUGCCUCUGUAAGGCUGGGGAGGUGAUUUUUGUGCCCAAUGGAUGGUGGCAUUUGGUGAUCAACUUGGAAGAAUCUGUUGCCAUUACACAGAAUUAUGUCAGCAGGAGAAAUUUGUUGAAUGUUUUGGAGUUUCUUAAGAGGCCAAAUGCAAGUGAGCUGGUAUCUGGAACACAAGACCGUGUGAAUUUGCAUGAUAAGUUUAGGAAUGCUAUGGAAGCAGCUUUUCCUGGAACCACCAAUCAACUGGUGCAGAAAGCAGAGGAGAAAAAAGCACAGCAGAAAAAACUUUCCUUCUGGGACUCGGUAACAGAUUCCCAUGCUGGUGCUUUCAAGUUCUCUUUCUAAGAAACACCCAUGAAGACCUUACCCUGUAAUAGGACAGAUUUUCUUUUUCUAUUUAUUUUUGGAGUAUUAGUAGUUUUUUGGUCCACCCUCGAAUCUUACAUGAACAGAACAGCUCAAAACAAUUUUGACAUUGAUUGAUUCAUAGAUUUUUUA